AUGAAGUUUCCUCCUAAACAAACGCCUCUACAUCGUAGCUCCGCUAGCGAGGAAUUCCCGUUAGAUGUGCAAGACGCCGAGGAAAUCGAUGUCUUCCCGUACAUCGGUCACUACAGAGUUCCAGACUCUCUCAUCCGCCAAUUAUCGAGGGUAUUGCAACCUCCUCUUCCUCAUGUGUUCGGACUUCUGCAAAGGUCGGUUCUGCCUUUCCCUAGGGCCCGGGAAGAGGAGCUACUGGAUAUCCUCCGCAAGCUGCUCGAUCUAUCGCUAUGGCCUUCAUCGCCGUGGGCCGCCUUCGCCGAAGACCCCACCCCCUGCUCCACUGAGACUCCGCCUAUAGAUACGACACUACCUCCCUCGGAACUGGUGGCUGACGCCGUGAAGGCCCGUAGCUCCUCAUCCUCGGCAGAUACUGCCAACGUCAAAGACACUGCUACCCCUGGUAAAGUCUCCUUCGCCACCGCAGCCUUAUGUGCCCUCGCCAUAACGAUCAUAUGCCACACCAUCGCCAGUUCCCCCUUCUUCGCAUGCCCCUACGUCGUCUUCAAGGGCAACCACGGCGAACCCGUCAAGGAGACCUUCGAUCAGCAAGUUGGCCAUUUCUUAUCCGAUUCCCGGACGUUGAAGGGCGAAGGACAGCCUGAUCAAUCGGACGCGGCCGCUGGCAAGUGGGAUCAUUCAAGGUAA